UGUGGACCUGAAUGCUGAUUCCGCUCCCAGCCAAUCAGGGAGAGGUCCGCACAGAUCAAAGAGGAGAAGAGCCAACCAUCUCUGCUCCAAAGAGCCAUCCUGACAUGGUGCUCCUCUGCGGGACAUAUAAAUGAGGGAGCAGCUCAUGUCUCCCACUGUCCUGCUCGUGUGGAGACACAACAACCCAACAGAAGAAAGUCACUUUAAAGUUCAGUCGUCGCAGUAAACUGUUCAACCCUGGAGGUGUUAGAGGACAGGAUGGCCACAGGCGCCAGUGAGUGCCCAGGAAAGGCCAGCCUUUACCGGGUCGAUCACCUGCUGAGCGCCGUGGAGAGUGAGUUGCAGGCCGGCAGUGAAAAGGGAGACCCCACGGAGAGGGAACUAAAGGUGACCCUGGACGAAGGAGAGCUUUGGCAAAAGUUUAAGGAUCUUACAAAUGAAAUGAUCGUUACCAAGAACGGCAGGCGCAUGUUUCCAGUGUUAAAAGUCAACGUCUCCGGUCUGGACCCCAACGCCAUGUACUCCUUUUUGCUGGAUUUUGCUUCUGCGGACAACCACCGGUGGAAGUACGUUAACGGGGAGUGGGUCCCUGGAGGUAAACCCGAACCCCAGACCCCCAGCUGUGUCUACAUCCACCCAGAUUCUCCAAACUUCGGUGCGCACUGGAUGAAAUCUCCGGUGUCCUUCAGUAAAGUCAAACUCACCAACAAACUCAACGGUGGCGGCCAGAUAAUGUUGAAUUCUUUGCACAAAUACGAACCACGGAUCCACAUUGUGCGUGUCGGAGGCCCGAGGAGGAUGAUCACCAGCCACUCAUUCCCAGAGACGCAGUUCAUUGCAGUGACAGCUUAUCAAAACGAAGAGAUUACUGCUCUUAAAAUUAAAUACAACCCUUUUGCAAAAGCCUUCCUGGACGCGAAGGAGAGAAGUGACAGCAAAGAUAUCAGAGAAGAUGCCAAUGAAAACCAACAGUCGGGCUACUCUCAAUUAGGUGGAUGGUUCAUUCCCGGCACAGGUUCCCUCUGUCCUCCAGCCAGUCCGCACAGCCAGUUUGGGAGUCCCAUCUCUAUUUCUCCAUCCCAUGGCUGUGAACGCUACUCCACCCUGAGGAACCACCGCUCUGCCCCUUACACCAACCCCUACACCCAUCGGACCAACUCGCCCACUGGUUACACCGAUAAUUCUUCAGCCUGUCUGUCAAUGCUCACCAGCCAUGACAAUUGGUCUGGUCUGCAAAUGCCAACACACUCCAGUAUGAUGCCCAUGGCCCAUAACUCCAUGGCUAGUACCAACACCAGUCAGUACACCAGCCUGUGGUCGGUGAGUAACCCACCCCUGACACCCGUGUCCCAGAAUGGGGGAAUAAACAACGGCUCCCAGUUCCUGCGGGGGACCAGUGGCCACUACCCAGGCCUGUCUCACUCCAUCACAGUGCCCUCCUCUGGCUCUCCCAUGUAUGACAGCGGCACAGCCACAGAGGUGCAUGACACGACCCAGUAUGACACGUCUCCACACGGACGACUGCCUUCAGCCUGGACGCCUGUUACUCCUCCAUCUAUCUGAUGGGAGUGAAUAAUCUUUCGUAUCAGUCCCCAUCCAGCCGGUCCACGUGGGCCACAAAUACAUGCUGGGUUAAAUUAUUCUCACAUUUCUGCCGCCGAACAAUCUUAGUAAUACGUUUUUACUAAUUCAAUAUACCAGAGACUGUUUGUUUGUUCCUAAAUUAUCCCUUUUAAAGUGUUCCUUACCGUAACUCCUAUUAUUUACCGAGAGUUUUCUAACUUAAAUGUAAAAUUUCUAUUUUUGUUUAUUAUCCUUUACCAUAUUGUGUUGUUUUGUUUGCCACAGUAAGAAUGUUUGUUUGUAACCCAAAAAAAAGUUUAUAAUGUGCUUAUAUUAAGCACAAGUCCAUGAAUUUUACACUGCUAAGCCAAAAGAAAUGUAUGAAAACAUACGUUUGUAAUGUAAAUGAUCGCUGAAGGAUAAUGUGUACAUAUUCAUUUUCUGGACCACACCGACGCUGUUUAAGCUACUACAGGCUGGAUCAGUGAUUCUCAAAUGGCCUCAGGUGUUUAACUCUUUUUUGUUCUAAUGUUGGGUAUUUAUUGAUACUAAAUGUAUUUGAUCCUCAAUGGUUUCUCUUAAUAGUACAACCUAAAAGAGUGGUAAUUUAUUUUCUACUUGAGGCAGACGAGUGGCUGUUAGUAGAAAGGUAUCAGUAUUAUCUAGUCAUGUAGCCCACUCUGGGGUCAGGGCCAAGCAUUUGAGAAACACUGAUUUAGUUAAUGAAAAAGGGAAGCAAUUGUCUUUAUUCUGCUAUGCAGAUGAUACACUAUUUUACACGUCAAUAAAAUGUAUUAUAAAAUGGUUCAUGUACUUUUGUUGUUUUUUAAGGCUUAGUCUUUUUUUCCCUAAUCUGCUGUCAAUGGUUGUCUUUACCUGGCCUUGUAUCAAUACAUCAACAGAUUUAAAGGAGUAAGUAAUCAAAUAAGAUACAAUAAGACAUGUCAUAGGUCAUAAAGUUGCCCAAUGUUAGAUAAAGAAACCAUUGUAAACCUUUUUAGCCCAUGAGCCUUAAGUUAACCAUGUUUAACUUCCAGGCCUGUCUCUGUGAGGUCCGUCUCUCUCCCCUCCUGCCUGUUCCUCACCUGAGUCCAGUGAUUGUAUGUUAAUCAGUCUCAUUCAUAUCACCUGGUGCCCUGGGUGUUGGUUAUACUGUGGCAGUCAAGGUUUGUUGUUCUGUGUCCAUGCUACAUUUCCAUGCUUCAUGCCUGGCCCUGUUUUCCCGCACUGGAGCUCACUGUGUAAUAUUGAGCUGCAGAGACGGAGUGUUUUACACACAUGGGUGAGGAAUUACAUUUGUGUCCAUGUGAAGGACUGGGGUCAGGCCUCUGGCACUGACUCAGUGUGUUCACACACACAAAGAUAAACACUGUGAACUUUGACCCCUGUGAGCCUGUUUGCGUUCACAUGUCCCUGACAGGAGGUCUGGUUUCUCCUGGAGGACAUUGGCUACUCAUGACCAUCUUCCACAACCAGGAUCCUAUAAUGGCGUGCCUUGUGUUUACUCAGUGACUCAGUGUCAUACCUCACAAACACUAACACAUAUUUGACUGCAGGACACUCUGUACUCUGUAAGCAAUUGUUUUAAAUCCCAUUUAUUCAUACAUUUCUCCGGGGCAGAAAGAGAUUUCUUCUUCUUUUUUUUACCUCUUAUUUAAAGUAAAUGAUGUAACCACACUCGGCUCUAAGUGUGCAAAGAGCUUUUUAGCACCGUUCUGUCAAAGUGCAAGCAGAGACAUGUACUUUGUCAAUUAGAUGAGAAAAAUGUAUUAAGUCGUGUCAUGGCAGGCUUGACAUAAAAUGACCUCGGGACUUGCAAACACGUGAGUGUUUCAUUUGGGUUAUUUGGAACCUUUGAUGGAUAGAGUAUAAUCAAUUCUUACACGAUCAACAUUUCAUCUUUAUUUUCGCCUAUAUUCUGUCUAACCAGACACAGACAUGCUACGUAGCAUUACCAUGAUUGAUUCUCAGAUAUGCUAAAAAAAACAAACAAAAAAACAUUCACUUAUCUAUCUUACUUUUUGGUAUAUGUAAGCGUUUAUUAUGUUUUGUUUUGUGUUUUGCUACACUUUGCUCACUUUAUUCUAUGUCUUGACCAACAUUUAGGUUACAACCUUUUUAAUCUGGGCAACAAUAUCCCUGACACUUGACAUGUUUGCUAUCAUGUAACAAUAAAGCACAAAGCGCAAAUUACAUGCAAAGUGUCUGUGGGAGUCUUGCCCAUCAGUUUCCACACAGACAUUUAAAGAGAAAAGUGAGGCAUAAACUAUUUUUGCCAUUAACACGGAGCGUUCCCACUCUUUUCUGGUACCAUGGUACGGACUGUUAAAUUUGUAAAUUUGAGCCAAUGUGAAACAAAGAGCAGAACUGAGAGGGAGCAAAGGGCGUUACAACGUGCAAUGUGAAGCGAGGCCAUUCAGAAGAGCCAUUCAGCACAGAAGAUGAAGGUCAUCGUGAGAGGACAUGGACAUUUUCCUUCUCCUUCUCCUCUUUCUUCUUCUUAACAACCUGCAGCUACAGACUGACAGGAAGGAAGACAAUUCUAAUCUGACAAAUCCAAUAGAAAAGUGACUGAUUCACUGGUGUCCCUGCAGCGUCGUCUACCAUCAACCCAACCCUGUUGAAUAAACAAACGACUGUGUGUCUGUACAGUCACAUCAAUCAGUCAGUGUUUAUAGACAUUACUGCCAGUUUAAGGAGGAUUUCCCACACAUUAGAAUGUACACAUUCACUUACACAGUUUUGCGAACAAUAAAACAUCUUUUGUCUUUUAUUUACAUGUCUAACAGACGUCGCCUAAUUUACUGUAAUAACAAUAAUAAUUCAUAUUUAAAAAUCCUCAGUGCGUAAAGAAAAUUAAUGGGACUUGUGGCAGGAAAAAAUAAUAAUAUCUGAAAAAGCAACAAAGGCAGGGUAUUUCUCUCAGCCUAAUCUCAUUAUGAUCCUGAUGAAAAAAGAAAAAGCUCUCUGUCAAAGCAGGGAGCAUUGACGCAAGCGUGUCUUGACGUCAGUAGCUGCAGUGAAUGAGGGAUGGGAGGGGGAGCUGUUGAGGCGGAGAAGGAGGACGGCCGUGGUGAGGAGGGGGUUGCCUUCAGAAAACACCAGUCAGAGGCUUGAAUGCAGAGGCUGAGGAUGGCGAGCAGAGAUGGGAGGAAAGGGGGGAGGAAAAGAUUAGAUGUAAACAGAUCUGACGUCACAUUUGACCAUCGGCUUUUUUAUGUAAAACAGCGGCACGGUGGACAUCCGAGGCAAAUCUAAUGGAAGGAAAAUGAUCAGCUGAUCUGAGCGUGUGGUCAUAAAUAAAUCAGCAGGUGGAGAAGAUGAAGAAGGGAGGGGGGAGAGGAGAGGGGGGGGGGGCUUAAUGGCUCAACUAGUGUCAGAAAAAAAUGAACAGUAGGAGUUUGAAUUAAAAAAAGCUCCCCCUCAUUCAUUCUCUCUCUCUCUCACACACACACACAGUCCUUUUGUGGCUUUGGUGAAUGGGUCGUGGUCAUUGUGGGCUGCAGGGUAAAACUCUGAGCGUCACUACUGUCCUGUUC